GGUAGACCCCUUAAAGUGCCGAAGAAUAUUGAGCAGUACAAAAAAUGGAAAGCGGCGAUUCGGGGUGUUGUACUGAAGCAGUCGCAGUACAUUUGCGAAAAACACUUCGAUGAAAACUGCAGAAUCAGACAGUGGAUCAAACGCGACACCAAUGGUCAAAUUAUAGCCCAAGCAGCAUACGAGCGUCCCAGACUGAUUGAGGAUGCUGUACCAAAAAUAUUCGAGGAUAGCGAAGCUGUGCAAUCAGCAUCUCCGAAUUGUUUGGAAUGCGAAGAUCAAUCGAAGGAGUACAUUCUUGACACUGCACAAUCCUUAAAAUGUCCUGAUGUGAGCAUGGAGGGCUCUACCUCAAGGGAUGUCUCCAAGGCAGCAACUGCUCAUACUUUAGAAGAAACUGUAUCUGGAAACGAGAAUAGUCUGCCUCAAGAUUCGGUCUGUCCUCAAGCGGAAAAGGAGGCAAAUAUGACGGAUUGUUCUACAGUACCUCCACGAAGCAGAGACUUCGGAAUGUGGGAUAUCCUAGUUAACGAUGGUAAUACCGUAGUGACCUCAGCGGAAAUUCCGGUAAUCGAACGUAGUGUCAUGGUUGAUCCUGACAACCGAGUUCGAUACAGUCUCUAUGGACACACCGAUGAUCCAAAGGAAUGUAAGCUCGUUGAAGUAUUAGAAGAAACGUCGCUACUGGCAGAGACUUUGGAAAAAUUUAGAAGAAUGAAAGCUUGUGGCGGUCUCGGUGCUGUCAAAGUUCACUAUUUGUCCGCCGAUACUGUUUUUAAAGAUUGCCUUGAUCGAUGGCGUGAUAACAACUGUACGUUGUUAUCAAAACAAAAAAAGUGCGAAGGGUGCAAGAAAAUGCGACAACGAAUAUUGCGACGAGAAGUUAGAGCAAAAGAAAAUCGCACGACAAAGCGCGUGUUGCGAGCAUCAAAUCCGAUCGACGAAAAGAAGCUACUGGCGCUGCGAAAAAAAAGCGACCGCGAGAGACGCUUGAAAAAUCGAGCGAAACAACGCGUGCAUUUAUUGCUGCAGUCUUUGAGAAGAAAAGCCGAGGAAAUAGCGUCCAUUAGCGUUGAGUCGUUGGAGGAAAGGUGCAGAGCAUUUAAGAGCGAGUACGUCUUCGGUAUCGCAAUUAGUCGACAAGAAAUCGAGAGAUGGACUGAUUCACGCUAA